UUAUAAAAAUUGUAUAUUUACAGACAAUAAGAAUAUGGCAACAAACUGGUGGAAAAUAAUGGUCUUGCAAAUAUUGCUAACUACUGUUAUCUGUUCAACUGGAUUGGAGAUUGGUGAUGAUUCAAAAUUGUCAAAUGAAAAUAUGAUUUCAUUAUUUAAACAGUUUUUAGAGGAUAUAAAUAAUCAACAUGCAGUUAAAGAAAAUGAUAAAGUAGAGAAAAUAAAAGAUUUUUAUCAACCAUUGGCAUUAACAUCAUUAAAUGGCAAAUAUUUUGACAAAUUCACAGAGAAUGAAUUAAAAAAUGAGGAGUUACAGCAAUCGAUAUUUGAUAACCUCCAAAAUAUAAAAAGUAUUGAUCAUUUUAACAAGAAAAGCGAUAAAACAAAUUUAUGUUAUUUUAAGAUUUGCAACAAAAAGAAAUCUGUAGAUGACUAUGACAAAUUCAUCCGUUAUGUGACAAAAAGAUAUUAUAAUCCACAACAGUUUUAAAUUAUCAAUUUUUGAUUUUAUUGGAAAAAAAUUAAUUUUAAGUAAAUGUAUUAUUCCAAUAAAA